AUGCCCCUUAGACCCAAUCCUGCCCUGCCCCCCUCGCAGCCAGCAAGAGACUUACCGCCUCCCACACGCCCCAUUGAACGUCCAACUCCUCCUCCCAAAGCCCUAGCCUUGCGAGGGUCUCUGGACACCAUCAGAUCCGUCAGUUCAGACCACAACCUCGUUCCCCCAAGAGUACCUGAGAAGCGCAUAGCUCCCGCUCCACCGCCUCGCCCAGCCUCGACCAUCAUCGUCCCAGCCCCCUCCACCUUGCCCCCCUUGCAAGAGUACCACAGCGGCUUUUCCGAGCAAGACGCUGAGUCGGGCUCAGGCCCCAACAAACAUCGCCGCGGGACAUCGUUCCCGAACCUGAUCGCCCUCACCUUUGGCACCGGAAACCAGCCCGCCUCCUCCUCCUGUUCGGAGCAACCGGACAGCAGCUCCCAAGGAGGGUUUGCCGACUGGCUCAACAGCUCGGGCUCGGCAGCAGCAGAAGCAUUGGGAAUGGCUCCCACCUUGACAGCCCGCAGCAGCAAGGCGGCGGACGGUCACUCGUCCUCGUCCUCGUCCUUGACCGGUUCCGUUCGCGACGGCGACACCUCCAUGGACAAGACGCCCACAAGGUCACGUAGAAGCGGGACCAACGCCAGCCAGUUCAGCAACCGCAGCAGCAUGCAUGAGCCAUCCACCCCCAAGGGAAACGUCACCUCCCGGCUCAUAUCAGCCAUCUCGUCCAAGUUCACGCCGGGCCCGGCGCCCUCCAGCCCGGCCGUUGACGACGAGCUGUGCAACCUCGACAUCGAGGCCGCCCUGUUUCCCUCCGGAGCCCCCACCGACACCUCUUCCCCGGUGGCCUACAAGAACCUGCAGGCCAACGCCAUCGAGCUGCUCACCAAGAUGCAAGCUGCCUACAAGGAGCGUGUGAUCGCCGUCCGCGACCUGGAAGCCGAGAAGUCCGCUCAGCGCGACGAGAUCGACGCCGCCGAGACGCGCGCCCAGCACCUGAAGAUGCAACUCGAGGGCAUGGCGCGCAAGGCCUCGGAGCACGAGCAGGCCAUUCAGAAGCUGAUGGACGAGCUGGCCUUUGAGCGCAGCAAGUUCCGGCCCCCUCUUCCGCAGCGCACGUCAACCAUCAUGUCGGAGUGCAGUGUGGUGUCGGAAGACCUCGGGGUCGACGCCGACUACAACACGCGGCGCAAGUGGCGCGAGAGCGCCAGCACCAUUAAGACGGACUACUCGUACUCGACCGACACUGACAGCGUCGCCGAGAGCGAGAGCGUCUUCUCGGCGCGGUGCCGGAGCCCCGUCAUUCCCGGUGGCGGCGGUUUUGAGUCUGGCACCAUGAGCAUCGUCAACAGCCCGGCUCCCUCGGUAUCGGCCCUGCAGCGCAACGUGAGCGUCACCAACAAGAGGCGAUCCAUGGGUCCCCCGCCUCCGGUCCCGACCACGCCCAAGCCCAAGAUCGUCGGCACCCAGAUGAGCGCGUUCCAGAAGAUCAUCCGCGGCAUCGCGCCCGGCUCGGACUGCCCGAACUGCAUGGGCCAGGACGCCAGCAUGGCCUGGGACACGGUCGGCUUGCUGCGGGAUGAGAACAGGCACUUGAAGGAGCGCGUGGGCGAGCUAGAGGUGGCUGUCGAGGGAUGUUUGGAUUUGGUUAAUGGCAUUGGCUUGUAA